UCCUCUCUCACUUUUAAUACUACUUAUCAUUACUCUCAUUCUCAUCCAGUAGUCACUAGUCAAGCAAGCAAUGAGUUACUACCAUAUUUCUCAUAAGCCUAACUCUCCUCCAGGGCCUCAACCGCUAGGAUAUCCACCAGGACCACCACCACCAAACUAUCCUCAUCCCCCAGGGCCACCACAGCCACCACCGCGACCCGGAUAUCAAGACUACUUCUAUGAUGGGUACCCACCACCUCCACCUACACACGUUCCCCUGCCAUAUCAUCACCAUCACCACCAUGACUCAUUUCUAAGAGCCUGUUUAGCUAUACUUUGUUGCUGCUGUAUGUUGGAGGAGUGUUGCUUGUAAGCCUUUCAUGUGUAUGAUUAUAUAUACAACUAUCGUAUUUGGUAAAGAUGGGAAGCAGGAAUUCUGUUCAUGGUACUCCAGUCUAAUUCCUUGAAUAUUCCCAUAAUUGGAAUUUGAUUACCUUUAUGUCUUAUAUUUGAUUUGAGAAACAAGCAUGUCUUGUCUGUUAUAGUAUAUGAUUAUGAAUAUGAUCCAUCUGAAUCAUGUAUUUUAAAGAUGCUA